AAUGCGUUUAAAGCAUUUGUUUAUAUAAAAAAAACAAAUGCCAUCGACAACUCCUCGGCGACUUCCAUCUCGCCGCCUCCACCGCCACUGACAACUCCUCCUCUACCACCACAGACAAGUCCUCCAGCAAGUGGACCUGAGCGCAGCUAGACAUCUGCACUUUUCUUCUCUUCUAUCUGCCUUUGUUGAUUUUGUUUAGCUAGGUGGUGGAUUUGAUAGUGGCGAUGGGGUUCUUCAGCACGGUGUUAGGUUUCUUUGGAUUUGGAUGGGGGAUCACUCUCAUCUUGGUCAUAGGUUCUACCUAUAAAUCUUCUCCCAGCCCGCCGACAUCAAGUAGAGAAGUGAUUAGUAUAUGGGAUUCGACUGAGUCAAUGUUCAAAUCUCAUAUUGAUGCUGGUAAAGUGCCACAAAAGGAAGAUUUGAUCAAGCCAGGGGAAAUUGCAAAGAGUCUUGAGGUUGCACUUCUACAAGCAUUGCUAGCUAGUAUCUUUGAAAUCUUAAUGGAAUAACUAAGCUACUAUGGUUUGCUUCAGUUAGUUGAAGUGCUGCUUCAUUUUUCAUUGUUCAAUGGUAUAAAAGUUCCUUAUGCAAAAAAUUUCUUAGGUGAUUUUCUUUAGCAUGUAGGAUAUAGCUAGCAAAUAUCCAAAGAUAUUCUUUGUUGCAGAAAUUGUUAGAGAGGAAAUAUUCAUGCAAUAUGGAAAUGAAGUUUCAUACGCAUGCCAGGUCUGUUUCCAAGGUUCUGAGAUCAUAUACAAGCUAUUUCUUUUUUCUUGACAAUAAUAAAUGAAUAGAUUGCACUUGGUGAAGGUCAAUGUUCUGAACUACAUUAGUAGAUCUACAUCUAAAGACUUCAUUCAAAUUGAAAUUGUUGUCGAGAAGGAUUCACUAAAGAUAAUACUCAUUGGCAAGUGCUUUUAGUGUGUUUGGUGCACUCAUGAUUUUGUAGAAUACUUCUUAUUCGUUAAUUGGUUUGAUAAAUUGGAAGGAUAGAACUGGAUUGAAUAUUUGAUGCAAUAUAUUUCAAAUAUUUAAUGCAAGCAUCAGAUGUGUGCCCAUUGCAUACUUGCUUUGUGCUGCCAUGGCAAGCCCUACUCCAUAACCUUGUGCUUGCCAUCACCUGUCUGUCCCAUUUACCGCAGUAAAAUUUCAAAGCUGGUGAUGACCAUGACAACACCUCAAAGACCUCAAAGUACGACAAAGAGGAGGACCCAAAAUUGCAUCGAGGGAAGUAGUAUCUUCAAAGAUCUCUCUUCAGCUAUGAGAUCACUUGGGAAAAUAGGAAUAACUGAUACCAGUGACAUUAUGGACAAGCUUUUGGUCUAUUGCAGUUCAAAAUGAUGCAAACAAGUUGUUCUGAAAUUUGAAUCAAAAGUAGAAGAAAUAUAGAAACCAGUCUAACAGUUUUUGUUUGGUAAUGCCAACUAUUCUAAAGAACAGUGUUGAUGCAUUCUUAUCCUAUAGUAAAAACCAGUACAAGCCAUGAGUGUGCUGCAAGAGGAAAGAACUGAUACAAUUGGUGAUUCAGUGUCCGAGUGCACAUUGAUUGAGGAAUCUUUGGGCGUUGGAUAUCAUCAUGUUUUUUCUGUAAUGCUGAGCAUGGCAGAUGGGCCUAUUGUCUCACUAUUGUUUUUUCAAUUACUUAAGCUUAUUGACAAUUGUCAUAUGUUCUUUCACCUCUGUUUUUUCUUCCAGUGGAAUAAAAAGAU